AUGGACAUUUUGGACCCUCACAAAUUCACACGUAAAAAACUAGACGGACUUUCCACAGCCUACAGCGAGACGCCUUUCCGGAGCACAGAGUUUGGAAACAUGUCCAGUUCACCCUGUAGCAGAGAUUCUCCAUCUCCAGCUGAGUCAUUACUUAUAAACAACAAUCCAGGUAAUCUACUUUGGAAGAGUUUGGAUUCCUUGUGUAAAAGUUAUGAGUUGUUGGAGAGAGAUCGAGUUGUUCUAAUAGUAAGUGUUUGGAUAUUAACAGGUGAGUGCACAGAGGAAGAGCAGUGUAGCUCGCCGCUCACACCUGAUGUGGAGACAACCCUCGCCCUCCGUGACACACACUCUCGGCUCUCAUGUCCCAAAGACCCGAAUGAGGUGGAUGGCGAUGAAAAAAGCAGUAGCGUUAACUGUGUUGCAGACGUAUCCAACACGGAGGAUCCCGCGCGCCGCCGCCGUCGGUCCCGGUCCGAUCACGGGAGCGCGCGCCCCCGACGAGCCAGAACCGCGUUCACCUACGAGCAGCUGGUGGCGCUGGAGAACAAGUUCCGCUCAACGCGCUACCUGUCCGUGUGCGAGAGACUGAACCUGGCGCUGGCACUCAGCCUGACAGAGACCCAGGUGAAGAUCUGGUUUCAGAACCGCAGAACGAAAUGGAAGAAACAAAACCCUGGGGCUGCAGACAGCAUCCUGCAACCGCCGAGCGCGAGCGUGAGUCCGGGUGCGGGACUGUGCGUGUCCGCCGUGGCGGGAUUUCACUCUUACCCGCCUUUCAGCGAAGGAAAUCGUGUUUUCCACUCUUCCAGCGCCGUAGCAUUAUCAUCAACUGGUGCGCUCCUGCGUCCGUUUUUUUCUACUGGCUACCUGCAACCCACCUUCUUCCAGCCUCAUUUAUAA